GAAAAUCCCCACAUGCAUAGUUUUAUCUUGAAGCAAAAUAUAGGGUACAAAGGGACUUGGACGUAUAUUUAUUCGGAUUUAGAAAACUACUCUUUAUCUAGUGAUCUAGAGCUAGCCGUAUAUCUAUGUAUUUAUAUAAAUGAUCAUGGCUAUGCAUGGAUCAAAAAGAAGGGACAUGAAAUGGGUAACUCUCGGAAGAUCAAGGUUUCUGUUAAUUUGUUUUCUUCUUCUUCUUCUUCUUUCAUCUUAUGUUACUUCUUCUCAUCAAUACACUGACCAAAAAGCAACACCAGCUUCCAAUGAGACCAAAGGGGUUGAUAUUCAUGCUAAAGUAUUUUAUAAACACACUUGGCCGGGGAUGAAAUUUGGUUGGAGAAUUAUAGUAGGCACCAUAAUUGGAUUUCUGGGAUCAUCAUUUGGCACUGUAGGAGGUGUUGGCGGGGGUGGCAUAUUUGUGCCCAUGCUUACCCUAAUUGUUGGAUUUGAUGCAAAAUCAGCAACGGCAAUAUCAAAAUUCAUGAUUACUGGUGGAGCAGGAGCAACUGUUUUAUACAACUUGAAGAAAAGACACCCAACACUUGACCUGCCUGUGAUUGACUAUGAUUUAGCACUUCUUUUCCAACCAAUGUUAAUGCUUGGAAUCAGUCUUGGUGUUGCUUUCAAUCUCAUUUUCCCUGACUGGAUGUUAACAACUUUGCUAAUCAUAUUUUUCACUGGUAUUUCAGUUAACGCUUUCUUAAAGGGUGUUAACACUUGGAAAAAAGAAACCCUUACCAAGAAGGAAGCUAAGGACAAUUCACAAUUAAAUGAUAUUAGGACAGAAGAUGCUACACUUGAUCUUCAAAUAGGGGAAUCAGUCAAUGAAAAUCAAACCAAUACCAAUCUACCAAGAAAAAAGGUUUCUGUUAUCGAGAAUGUUUAUUGGAAGGAACUUGGACUUCUUUUCUCUGUUUGGAUCAUGAUACUUGCAUUACAGAUAGGAAAAAAUUACACAACAACUUGCUCGUUGAUAUAUUGGAUAUUGAAUCUACUUCAGGUACCUAUAGCUAUAGGAGUGAGUGGAUAUGAGGCUAUACUUUUAUACAAAGGAAAAAGAGUUAUAGCUUCCAAUGGAGAUCAAGGAAUAAAUUGGAGUGUGAAGCAGUUAAUUCUAUAUUGUUCAUGUGGCAUAAUUGCUGGAAUAAUCGGUGGCUUGCUUGGUCUUGGUGGAGGAUUUAUCUUAGGGCCACUUUUCAUUGGACUUGGAAUCCCUCCUCAGGUGGCAAGUGCUACAUCCACUUUUGCAAUGACAUUUUCUGCAUCUAUGUCUGUGGUGGAAUAUUACCUUCUGAAACGUUUUCCAAUUCCAUAUGCUCUUUACUUUGUAGUUGUAGCCACUGUUGCUGCACUUGUUGGGCAACAUUUGGUGAGAAAGCUUAUUGCCUUAUUAGGAAGAGCAUCAAUUAUCAUUUUCAUCCUAGCCCUCACAGUUUUUGUGAGUGGUAUAUCACUAGGUGGAACAGGCAUAGCAAAUCUAAUUAAAAGGCUUGAAAACAAAGAGUACAUGGGAUUUGGUAACUUAUGUUCGUACGCGGUUAGGAAUUAAAGUUCAAUAUGUGUAAAACUUGAGGACAAAGAUUUUUACUUCACAAUAGUUUUGUGUUGUCAAGUUGGUAUCAAAAGUACAACAUGUGUGGUUGGAAAUCAGCAUUUAGGACAUACGGUAAGUGUAAAGCUAUACCUUAAACGUGCGAAUGAAUGCAAACCAACUUGGUUCCAAUUUUCUAACAUGUAAUAUAUCUUUUUAUUUUGACAAA